AUGAGGAUUGGGUGUGUGAAUGUGAGAGGAUGGGGCACUGGCAAGUUUGAGGAUUUAUGCAAGGAGCUGAAUGAAUGGAGCUUGGAUGUGGUAGGUAUCACGGAGACUCACCUGCGGGACGUGGUGCAUAUGGAAGGAAAUGAUGGUGGUAAUGCUGUAGUGUUGUGGCCAGGCUGUGGUGCGAAGGCAGUGUUCAGUGACAUGUCUCUGUCUGUACCUGAACACAGGAGUACAGUCGCUCCUCCAUGGGCAAGUGACCUCUACUGCGCCUGUUCCACCGACCCUCUUCCAAUGCCAGGCUGUGUCUGCUUAUUCGCAGGACUUCCUGGACUUCGACUUCACUGUAACCUGAGAGGAGGUGGCCACUCAAAGCUGAGGUCACACGGCUCCCUUCCUUAUGCAGGAAAGUCAAGCCAAGAGUCCCUGAAUGCUGCUAAGGAGACACUGUUGCCAAGAACACUACCACCAAGUCAAACCAAGCCAAGCCAAGCCAAGCUAAGCCAAGCCACAACACAAACCUUCAGCAACAUCUGAAACUAUCAACAACACCCAAAGUACCAGACAACACCUGGAGUGAUGAAGAACAAUUUGGAUAUGUGAGGGAGUUUGGCAUGUUUUUUUUUAGAGGGCAUUUUAAGACAGUUUGGCUUGUUUUUUUUUAUGGUACUUUAAUACAGUUUGGCAUGUUUUUUAUUGCAUUUGAAGAAAGUUUGGCUGUGAUGAUACCAAUUUAUCGACAUUAUGAAGGAUGUAUGGAGCAGUUUGGCAUGUUUUUUAUUGCAUUUGAAGAAAAUUUGGCUGUGAUGAUACCAAUUUAUUGAUAUUAUGAAGGAUGUAUGGAGGUCACAAGAUUAAUGGCCACAGUCUUCACUAUUUCAAUCCCCCACAUGAGUUUGUGAAGCAGGUGUUGAAUUCUCAGGACAAAGAUGCAGUGUGUUUGUUAACAGAUUCACUCAGUGCUCACUCACUCAUUCACUUACUGAGCUCAGAGGGAAUGAAGAAUGUGCAUUGAAGUAAAUAUUGCUGCUUGUAUGUCAGACAAAGGCCUGUAUUCACAAACACUAGUCUCUCAACACCACUGUUUCCAAGGCCACAGAGAUCACUGGCAGGGUUUUCAUGAGUGUUUCUCCAGUUAAUAAUGUAGAAAUG